AUAAUAUAUUCUCUUACUUAUUAGGAGCAGUAUAUCUUCCUUCAUCGAUGUCUUUUGUAUGCGCUUAUCUGCGAUCCUGAUCCACUUCCGGUCACAGAAAUUCCACGCAUUAUGACAGAUAAUAAAAUAUCGCAUCAGUUUCAGACAUUUACAGAAGUUAUAAUACCUAAAACAUUUGACAGAAAAUCAUCUGCCCAGAAGAAGAUAAGAAAAGAAAAUAGAAAAGGAGCUGAUAUUCCUGGUGAUGAAUACAGAGUGAGAUUGAAUUCAACAAAGCAUGAAUACAUUAAUGCUGUUUAUGUUAAUGGAUACGAAAAUCCAUACAAGUUUAUUGUUACACAGACUCCGAUGCCGAACACAGUUGAAGACUUUAUAUCCAUGAUUUAUCAAGAAAAAUGUGCUUGCAUUGUAGACCUGGAUGAUGGCAAUCUCAAUGACAAAUCCGUGGGGCAUUAUCUACCACAAGAUAGAAAGGUAUCUAUCGGACAUUUUCAAGUGGCGUGUAAGAAUGUGGAGACAUUAGAACAUUACAUAAUUCGGGAUCUCACGAUUUCACGGACUGGACUGCAUCUUUCUGGCGAACUGCAUUUAAAACAUUACCAAUAUAACGGCUGGAGUCAGUCAGAAAAAGUUCCGCCUAGAGUAGAACAGUUCUUACAAUUCGUAAAGAAUGUUGAAAACGAGGCCAAAGGUCAGGGUGAAGAGAGGACUAUUGUAGUUCAUUGCUUGACGGGAGCUGAGAGGAGUUGUCUUUUCUGUGCUGUUUCGAUCAUAUCAGAAAAAUGUUUCUUUGAGAAAGAGAUAAGUGUCCUGAAUACAAUCUGUCAACUUCGUUCCAGAAGGAAAACAGCCUUUACCGAUCUUGAACAAUUCAGGUUUUGUUACCAAGCUGUAAAUACUAUUUCGGAGACUUCUGGCAAGAAGCAAUACUAUAACAUGAGCCAGUUGUUGUAAACGAGAUACACAUGCUGAUUUGGAUAGUUAAUAAAGAUUUGUCUCUAGUUCCUUAGCAGCAACAAAAAUGAAUUUAUAAAAAGUAAAAAUCCCGAAAGGUGAUAUAAAUACAACGUGUGUACGAGGGAUGAUACAUAUAUCUAUUACAAACAUUUUUUUAAAUAAAAUAUAGCUUUUAUUUUUUUGUUAGCUUGUCUCAAUAAUUUCUUAGUCUCUUUUUUGUCUAUUGCACUGAAUUUUAUUGCUACACACCGAUGUAUUUUUGAACAAUAUGUUAGUUGAAUAUAUUUGGUUUUUAGAAAAGAUAUUUUUGUAUGAAUAUCAUCCUUUACUUGUUAAAAUUAUGAUAAUUGCAAUAAAACAGAUAUUUUGAAAUAUUUCAUGGGUUAUAUUUACAAACAGUAGGAAGGUUUUGUUGACAUUUUAACCAAAUUUUGUUUAACAUCAGGUUUAACGAAAUGACAAAUGAAAGUUGGGUUAUUUUAUCACAUGAUACUAUCAAUAGCUGAUGAUAGAAUGACAAAAAGGGAACACAACCGGCAAAAUUAAUUAAACAAAUUAUAAAUAACUUUAUAAAAAGGUUAAUUUUAAUUUACUAUGAUCCCUGCUCAUUGGAAACAUGUGAUAUCAUUUGAUAUGGUAAAGAUUAGAAAAUAAACAGUAUUGUACAUGUAUUUUAUUUAGUGAAUUGGUCUACAAUGGUCAGAUUUUCCGUAAGUAUUUCACAUAUUGAUAAAAACAAUAGAAAUGUAUCAUUUUGGAUAUUCUUAAAAACUCUGGUAAGAAAUAUAUUGUCAGAGUGAUAAAGUAUGAACAUAUAGUACAUAUAGAACACUUAAUAUAUUGAGAUGUCAUCUCGGAUUAUGUAUGUAGUGCUUACCAACAACAGUCAUAUAUAAUUCUUCACAACAUUUAUAUAAUUUUUUAACAGUUUGCUUUCUUGUAAGAUACAUGUAUAUAUCAUCAAUACAAUUAUUUAUUGUAUUAUAGACUGUCAAAUAUUGACCAAUUCACUUUAAGAUUUAACUGUCGUUUUAGCUAAAGUGUACAUUAUUUAAUUGUUCUGAUUUAUUUAACCAUUGCUUUUUAUCUUGAAUAUAUAUUGAAUUUUACACUGUUAGUGCUACUGUGCUUCUUUACAAUUAUGUUGAGACCAUACCGGUUUCCUAUAAACGGUAGAAUGAAAUUAAUCAUCCAAUAAUUUAGUCAUGAAUAUGUAUUUAGUAAACAUUAUGAAGCAGCACGUAAACUUUGAACUGAAUAUGAUGUGUGUUUACAAUACAUUUUUGAAAUGUAAAUUUAUGUCUAAAGGGCAACUAUUCGAUGUAAUUGGUAAUGUUUAACUCUCAUUUAUUGUCUUUCUUUUACAAAUACUUAAACCCCAAAUAUAUUUACAAUUCACUGUGCAGAAGUGCAAAGCUCAAGAGUAAUAACUCUUUUGUUUUCUUUUUUUGUAAAUUCUGGUGUUUUCCCCCAUUAUUGAUUCUAAAUUUUCCGCAUUUUUGCUCAGGCAUAAUUCAAAAAGUUAUAAAGAAACCAACUUUUGAAAAAGUGAUAAAUCUAUGUUGGGAGAAGUGCAUUCGGAAAGAAUUAUAUCUACCUUAGGUAUAAUUUUUCAGUUAUUGCCCUUCUUACUUUUUGUCCGGGGCAUAACUAAAACAUAUUGGAUUCAUCUGUGUAAAAUUUCACAGAUUGAUAGAUUUUAUAGAGGAAAAAUGCAUUGCACAAGAACGAUAACUAUUUUGGAAUAAUUACCCUUUAUGCUUUAUACUCAUGUUUGUAUUAGGCAUAGCUUAAACGUAAAGGUAUUUGUUAGAAACUUUUGCAUAAUUUUGGAUUUAUUAAUCUUUGUAUUUAAAACUUGACUCAAUGACGUUAUUUAUUUGUCUAUAAGCAUGCUGUUGCUAAAUUUCAAUUUUAAGAUUUUGAUUCUUAUAUUUACGUACCUUAAAUGAAUAGCCAAAUGACAUUAAAUGUUAUAAAUAUAAGCUUUAUGUCAUUUUAUCUCAAAGAAUCUUUUUUCGCUUGCCACUGUUUGAUUUUAUAGGAUUUGUAUUAUAUAAUAAUUCUGUAAUUUACAUAAUACUGAAAAGUUACAAUCAAUUG